AAGAAGCUGUUGUUGUCAUGGUUACAGCUCCUCCCAUUGCGCUCAGUUAUGACAACAUCCUCAGCCGCCGUAUUAUGCCUUGUUGCUUCCGGAGAUUGAGCUGGAGGGAGGCGGUGGAGCUGGAAGACGGUAUCUAGCUUGUGCAUGGCCUUGGAGCCGGUCAUAACUCUGAGAAUGGGUCCAGAAAGGAUCUGUCCGAAUGAACACGAAGAGGUGGGGCUACAAGAGACAUCUGAUGGAACUCCUGAUCCUGCUGGAGAAUGGAGUAGUGAAGAACCAGAGGAAGAGGAAGAAGAAGGCAGUAGUCAUGGCUACUUGUAUCAGCCACUGAACCAAGAUCCAGAUCAGGGACCAGCAACAGCUGAAGAAACAGUACCCAGCACAGAGCCAGUCAUUGACAUCCAUGAGCGACUUCAGGCUAUGAGACUGCACCUGCCUGAUCCGCCUGCGGACAGUGACGAGGAAGAAGGAUCCACAGCUCAGAGCAGUCGAAGCUCCAUCCCUAUGGAUCCAGAACAUGUGGAGUUGGUGAAACGGACAAUGGCUGGAGUCAAGCUUCCCACACUGGGAAUACCUUCAUGGGCCAAUGAGAUCUCAGAUGAUCAGUGGCAAGCCAUGGUGCAGCGAACACUGCAAGCCCGGCAAAAUCCAGUCUGUUCUAGGCCAGAAUGCAAAUGAAGAUGCAGAGCCAAUAGUAGAUUCCCUGCCUAGAAAGGAAAGUUUUUGCUAUGAAGUGCUGCACUUUAAAUCUGUCUUUCUGUGAACUGGUCAGGUAGAAACUUACCUUUCACCAGCAUUGAAGCUCUGUGUUCUUGUUACAUUGAAAAUGUGGCUCUAUUGCAUCAGUUGUUUGUAACUCUUAAUUGUAGCUAGCGGAUAGUGGUGACUGUCGCAGGGGUCUGGGCUAUGAGACUAUUUUCUAGCUCUUAAAAGUAGGCCAUUCAAAUGUCAGCCCCUGUGAUAGGACCCUUCUUCCUUUGACAUGCAUGGUGUAGCUCUUUUGUCUCUCCCUCCCAACUAGCUUAUAGCCUAAAGAGCUAAACAGGGGCCAUGAGGUGGAGUCCAGGGUGUCAUCUUUUCAAGAGAUCCAUUUUAUUUAGUUCUGUACAUACAGGGACAUCUGUACAAAAUCCAACACUGUCAUACUAUGUAAUACUCUACUGAAAAUAAAGUACACCAUAUGUACAUAUGAUCUGUAAA